GGAAGCAGCUCUCCGUGACCAGCUGGUGUUUUCCUCCGGAGCAGGAGGAGAAACUGGCGGAGCUGCGGAGCCUCGGGUCCGGCUGGAGUGACGGGGGACGCCGGGGUGAUCAGCUGGAGCCCGGGGGCUGAAACAUGGGCCUUCUGGCGAGGGUCCGGAAAGAAUGGUUCAUCAUCGGGAUCGUGUUGGUCAUCUUAUCCGCCAAACUGCAGCCGAGCUUCGGCGUGAGAGGAGGUCCACUGAAGCCAGAGGUCACCAUCGCCUACGUCGCCGUCUCACUCAUCUUCUUUAACAGUGGCCUGUCGCUGAAAACGGAGGAGUUGACAAGUGCUCUGCUUCACGUCCGCCUCCACCUCUUCGUUCAGUCGUUCACGCUGGUCUUCUUCCCACUGGCCAUGUGGCUGCUGCUCAGAGUGCUGGCGCUCACUUCCAUUGACCAAUGGCUGCUCAGAGGGUUACAGACGGUGAGCUGCAUGCCCCCUCCGGUGUCAUCCGCCGUUAUUCUCACCAAGGCGGUCGGAGGCAACGAGGCCGCUGCCAUCUUCAACUCAGCGUUCGGGAGCUUCUUGGGAAUCGUCGUGACUCCAGUGCUGCUGCUGCUCUUCCUUGGCUCCUCAUCCUCCGUUCCCUUCUCCUCCAUCUUCUCCCAGCUCUUCAUGACGGUCGUGGUUCCGCUGAUCCUGGGUCAGGUGUGUCGGAGGUUCCUCAGGGAGUUUCUGGAGAGGAAGAAGCCUCCGUUCGGCGCCGUCAGCAGCGCCGUCCUCCUCAUGAUCAUCUACACAACGUUCUGUGACACGUUCAGUAACCCGGACAUCGAGCUGGACCCCACCAGUCUGCUGCUGGUCGUCCUCAUCAUUUUCUCCAUCCAGCUCAGCUUCAUGCUGCUCACGUUCACUUUUUCUGCCAGGACCGGUUCAGGAUUCAGUCCUGCAGACACUGUCGCCAUCAUCUUCUGCUCCACACACAAAUCAUUGACCCUGGGUAUCCCCAUGCUGAAGAUCGUGUUCGAGGGCUAUGAGCACCUCUCCCUGAUCUCAGUUCCUCUGUUGAUCUACCACCCGGCUCAGAUCCUGCUCGGCUCCGUCCUCGUGCCGACCAUCCGCAGCUGGAUGACCACGCAGCAGAAGUCUAGUCUGUUGUUGAGAUAGGGCCGCGUUCCAACACUACUGUCCUGUGAUGAAACAGCCGCCGCUCCAGCCCAUCUGAUGAGGAGCAAAUCAGUGUUUUCAUGGUUUUUGCACUGCGACACAAAGUAGACUAUGGCGGAGGGAGACAGUAUUCAUCUGUGCCUUAUAACAACCAAUCAACAGAGACCUCAGCGUGGAGAAGGAAACGAGUUGCCUUGAUUUUCUCCGUUUCUACGUGAAUGAAAAACUCUUGUAUUUCCAUCUUUUAUAUAUUUAAAAGAAGCUAAAGUACGUGAUUUAUUUUUAUAUGGAAUACCCAAAAAGAAAACUUUUUUUUAAAAUAAAAAACAGUGACUGCCAACGGGGACACGACGGGUGGAGUUACUGGGACCAUUAUUUUUUGUUUUCUUGCUAUUUUUCUACAAAUGUGAAUGAUUUCUGCUUUUAUGAACUCCAUAUAAUCAAACUAAUGCUUGAUGAUCCGACUUUAAAUGUACGGUAGAGUAUUGACGGCUUGUUUUGAUUGUUUUACACUUUCAGAAGUAAGUUUGUAUUUGUUGGGAAGGAGCGGUCCUGUGGUGAAGGGAUAAUGUUGAACGAAUGAUCGAUCCAAAUAACGAAGGUACGACAUACACACUGUUGUAGUGAAUCUAAUUUAACAACCAAAAUAUCAUCGUUCUUCUCGCAUCUAUUCACAUUCUUAGGUUUCUUUUCUUUCUUUUUUUUUUUUUUUACAUUAUUCACAAAUGUACCUAAACUGUGAAUAUAUAUUAGUUCAUUUCCACGUUAUUUAGCGUACACCUCUGAUUCUGACCAAGCAGGAAGUGGGAGUGUAGUUCAUUCGAGUGAGAAAAGAGCAGGAAAAAGUUUGAAAUUUGGUAAAACCACACAACAUAUAUUUUUUAAUUUGACUCCACAUAUGUCUAUAAAUAGAUGUAACCCGGCUCUCCUUCUGAACGAUGUAUUGCUGCUGACAUUCGUAUAAUUUUGUCAUGGUGGUCUACGUAUAAAUAUGUCUGUGGACGAUGCACUGUUCGAAGUCUGAGUUAGUGACGUAGUCUUCCUGAUAUCAUUUUCUUUAUUCCGUCAUCUGAAACCUUAAAAUCCAUUGUGAAGAGAUGAAUCUUCUGAAAACAGUCAGAGGUUGAGGAUUCAAGAGAAUCGGGAAGAAUCUGAAAUGUAGGCGGCGUUUCAGAAGUCAGGAACCACAUUUUUAAGAGAACCACCCAUUCAGCAGGGUAACGGUGAAGGUUUCCUGAUAGAGAUGUUCUCCAGUGUUUCUUCAUAAAACUGACUCUACAGCACAAAUGUCAUUGUACUGGUCUUCAUCCUGAUGUGUCCAGUGACCGUUUACAGUGCGAUUGUUGUUCCAGCUGUUUAUUUUGAACAUGGUGAGUUGGAUGUGUGUGGGUCUGCUCUUCUACUUGUUUAUUUAAAAAAAAUCUAUAAGGAAAUAAAAACCUUGCAUCCUA